GCCGAUUCGCAGAAACCGCCGCCUCGCCUAAUCGCUUCCUGAACCGACGCUAGUAACAUUGAUGGAUAUAGUGCUGUGGAAUUUAUUUUAGUCCUACGAGACCCGAUCCAUUUGCAUCCCCGGAUAAGCCGGGAACUUCCCGGGAACCAUUUACUCCGGCGCUUUGCGACGUUGCUGCUUCUUUUCCCGCGCUUCUUCUUCAAUGGCCUAUUUCCGGCCACCCGUUCGCGCUGCUUCUCCCUCUUUCAUUCUUCCUGUUGUCAUUCCUCGUCUGUUCCCAUCGGAAACGGUGCUGUUCAGCAGAAUCCCUUCUCGUCGUUCGCCGCCGGCGCCGCAUCCCUUCACCUUCGUACUUGGAUGGAAAUCCGGUGGCUGUUGGGUUAGGGCAACACAAUCCGGCAAGAUCCAGACGCUUUCCGACGCGGUUGUUGUCGUCGACGAUGAGAAGUACGGGAAGAAGCAGGUCAUAAGCAUCACUCCUCAGCUCUACCGCUACAUUCUCGACAACGUUCGCGAACCUGCGAUUCUGAGGGAGCUUCGUGAAGAGACGGGGGAAUUGCGAGGUAGUCAGAUGCAGGUGUCUCCUGACCAAGCACAGCUCCUUGCUAUGCUUGUUCAAAUACUUGGGGCGCAGCGUUGUAUAGAAGUUGGUAUUUAUACUGGUUACUCCUCUUUGGCCGUCGCUCUGGUCCUGCCGGAAAGUGGUCGUUUGGUCGCAUGUGAAAGGGAUGAACGGUGCCUUAGAAUUGCAGAGAAGUACUAUGAGCGAGCUGGUGUUUCUCACAAGGUUUCUGUCAAGCAUGCACUAGCUGUGGAUUCGUUAGAAUCUAUGAUAAAGGAAGGUGAAGCCGGCAGCUACGAUUUUGCUUUUGUGGAUGCUGAAAAGAGACUUUACCACAAGUACUACGAAUUGCUACUAGAAUUGGUUAGGCCUGGUGGUGUUAUUGUAAUUGAUAAUGUUCUCUGGCACGGAAAAGUUGCAGAUCCUACGGUGAAUGAUCCAAAAACCAUUGCUAUUAGAGAUUUCAAUAAUUUCGUCUACAAUGAUAAACGCGUCACCGUUAGUGUGGUUCCUAUUGGAGAUGGAAUGUCAGUGUGUCGCAAGCUGUAAUUCAUCAAAUGAAACAAUUAUGAUGUCAUGGGCUGUACAUUGGGGGUGCCUCUGCAGACUACAUGCAGUAAUUUGUCCGCCACUUGGGGAAAGAUGAUUGAGAAUAAGAUUUGUUAUGCCUUGCCACUCCACAGUUGAAAAUAUGGAAACUGAAAGAAAUUGAAGCAUGAGACGGAAAUCGCUGAUUUGCAAGCUCUGCUGCAUCCUGACUACUGCUAAUUGACGGUUCAAAUACCAUAUGGAUCAAUGUCCUUUCCCCUGUUUUCUGUUUGUAGAUAUUAAUUGCAACAUUCAAUUAUCAGCAGAAUAAUAUUUCUCAAAAUUUUGAAUA